AUGACCCUCCACGCGGCCGCGACCUACCGCGCGCCCGUCGCCUGCAGAGCGACGACGCCGACGCCGACGCGCCGUCGCGCGACGACGACGCGCCGCGCCACUCGCACGCGCGCCGCGGCGGACCCGAUGGCGGUCGAGGACGGCACGAUCGACCUCGUCGUCUCCACCGAAGCCGCGAAGAAGACGCUGCAGUUCGAUAAGGUCACCGUGAACGAGGCGGAAGGCCCGGUGAUCUUCGUCACCGGCGUCGCGAUCGGCAGCGAAGCCGAAGCCGCGGGCGUGACCCCGGGGCAGCGGCUCGUCGCGGUGAGUGAUCCGAUCAACGACGGCGAGCUCUGGUUCCUCGACGGCAGCGAGCGGCUCGCGUUCGUCCUCGACGCGAUUCGCAGCGCGCAGAACCGCCCGGAGACGACCAUAAUCGUCGAGACGGAGGUGUCGAUCACGAAAGAGCUCGUGGACAGGGCGCGGGGGGUCGACACGGAGGAAGAGGCGCGCGCGGCGGCGGCGAAGGCGAAGGCUGCCGACGCGGCGGCGGCGCCGCGGCGAGAGGUGACCGCCGCGGACCUCGCGCCGCGCGGCUCGAGCCCUCCGGGCGCGUCGGACAAGCCGCGGGAGAAGCCGCGGGAGCGCGAGGACUUAUACAGCGACAAGUGGGCCGGGGACGAGUACGUGGGGGAGGGUUUCUGGAACGAGCUCACCGUCGGCGCGGCGAUAUUCGUCGCCGUGCCCGCGGUCAUCGUGACGCUGGCGGUGACGACGCGCGGGACGCUGUGGGACACGACUGGGUUCUGA